GUCGGAUCCAAACAAUAAAGAAAUUAAACAAUUAGCCACAAUUUGGCUGUUUUUCGGUUGAAGGGGGCGUAACACAGAGUGGGGAGAAGAAAUGGCUUUCCUUUGCCCCGUGCGCAUGAGGCGCGACAAGAAGAAAGCUACAAAUGCCAGCAUAGAGAGGGACCUGCCCGCCGUGGGAGUAUUGGGCAUGGGUCGCAUAACUGGUUCCUCCAGCAUAGAAACACUUGUUAGAGUGGGCAUAGAAAAGGAACACGGUCUAAGUCCUGAUUCCAAGAUGGUUGUGCUACACGACUUCACUCCUUGCGUGGAUGAUGAACUGGAAGUGAAGCGCGGACAGCUAGUUAAUAUAUUGUACAGAGAGAACGAUUGGGUUUACGUGAUUGGUCAGGACUCGCGGCAGGAGGGCUUCAUACCCUUCUCCUAUUGUGCUCCCUGCAACACGCAACUGGCGGAUUUGGCUGUUAAGAAGAAACUGCCAAGGGAACAGUGUCCAGAGCAGCCGAUCGAAGAGAACAUACCGCUCCUAGGCACGGAUAACAAACUGGAUGUUCUUUGCGAUGAAACCUUGAAUCCCGGAUCUGCCAAUAGCAUUGAGAAAACCCUGCUAGUGGAGCCAGAGUGUACUCCUUUCGUGAAGGAACCGUCCGGGCGCUGCAUCGUUUUAUACACCUUCAUAGCCAGGGACGAGAACGAUUUGUCCGUGGAACGGGGAGAAUUUGUAACUGUGCUGAAUCGCGAGGAUCCCGAUUGGUUUUGGAUAAUGCGCAGCGAUGGCCAGGAAGGAUUUGUGCCAGCCAGCUUUAUUUAUCCUGCAGACAGUGUGCGAGUUUUGCAGCAGCAGAAAGCAACCUUAAAUGCCAUGGAGACCAUUUUGCAGCAGGGUCAGCCGGGUCCGCAGACCCAGCAACAGCAGCAGCCACAAUUGGGUUUGGGAACAGAUGAUCUACGCUACCAUGGCACGGAGCUGGUGAUGCUGUAUGAUUACAAAGCGCAAGCUCCGGACGAUCUGUACCUUUCCGUGCGGAGAGGAGAUUGGAUUUACGCAGACCUAACCAAUCAGACCGUUGAUGGUUGGCUUUGGGCUUAUGCUCCGAAAACCCGCAAAUAUGGAUUCAUUCCGAAAGCCUAUGCCCGACCACCUGCCAUGACCAGCCUUUGAGAGAUAUAUUCAUUACCAUUAUCGCUUAUUAUCACUUUGAUUAGCACUAAAGCAUAAUAUUCGUAGGUCACCCACCUUAGAUA